GGCCGUCGCCCGCGCCGCCGCCGCCAUCAUGAUCUGCCUGGUGCUGACCGUCUUCGCCCACCUUUUCCCGGCGGCCUGCGGCGGCGUGCACGAGCGCACUUUCCUGGCCGUGAAGCCCGACGGCGUGCAGCGGCGGCUCGUGGGCGAGGUCGUGCAGCGCUUCGAGAGGAAGGGCUUCAAGCUGGUGGCGCUGAAGCUGGUGCAGGCCUCCGAGGAGCUGCUGCGCGAGCACUACGCCGAGCUGCGCGAGCGCCCCUUCUAUGGCCGCCUGGUCAAGUACAUGAGCUCGGGGCCGGUGGUGGCCAUGGUGUGGCAGGGGCUGGACGUCGUGCGCGCCUCGCGGGCGCUCAUCGGGGCCACGGACCCGGCCGACGCCGCGCCCGGCACCAUCCGCGGGGACUUCUGCAUCGAGAUCGGCAAGAACGUGAUUCACGGCAGUGACUCGGUGGAGAGCGCCCGCCGCGAGAUCGCGCUCUGGUUCCGCUCCGAGGAGCUCUUGUGCUGGGAGGACAGCGCCGGGCACUGGCUGUACGAGUAGCUGCGCCGCCGAGGCCGACCUUCGAGGACGUAUGCGCGCCCUCGGAAACAGGCUGUGAAUGGUUUAGCAUCCUCAAGGCCCUGGAAGUGGUGCACACAUCUGGGCUCCACUUCUGGGGGCUCAAAACACCCUUCUUGCGGCAGGGAUCACAGCACCCUCAGGACCCCAGGAGGGCGGGCCGGGUGCACGCCCGCCAAGCCCUGGCAUGCCUUGGGCCUUCCUCCGGGGUGAGCUACUUAGGAGCCCGAGCUCCACUGUUACUGGCACUCCUGGAAAUGCAAGAUGCUGACCAGCUUGCUCCAGCGUUUUUUUCAUAAUAAACUCAAGAAAACCCU